GAACAGGGAAGACGAGAGAAGUUAAAAAAUAUUUGGACAAGGAAGUGUUGUAAUGUGGAAGGUGAUGGAGGCGUUAGCACAAAAAAGAAAUGCAUCGAAGACGGCAGCUGCAACUUUCGAGGCAGACGAGUAAUCGAGUUAGACGUGCUGGCCAGAGCCCUGGAUAGUGGUUGCCGAGCGUGUGGAAAAGCACUUCAGCUAUCAAACUGCCAUGAUGAGACUAUCUCUGGGUUGGGUAGUUUUUUGUAUAUUAUGUGCAGCGAUCCGGAAUGUGGAGAGGUAAAUGCGUGAACCACAAACAUCGCAUCGUGCCGCCGGUGCUGGUCGCGGCCGACCAAUUUUUCAUAAAAACACCAAACUUGCCAAAGGUAGGUAUAUUUAUUUGAUUAGCAGCUUUUAUCCGAACAUUUUUCCGAGCUUCAUCAUAAUUUAACAAUCAUAAUGCCGUGUAAUAACUAACUUUUAAAUGUACAUGUACUGUGUUUAUGUGCAGGAAUGUUACACGCCGGUAUGUAAACGCACUGCUCACGUCGAUAAACCUUCCAGCCGUGGGACAAAACACUCUGAAGGCCAGAGAAAGAGAAGUUGGCGCAGCGAUUGAGACUGUUGCAAGGAAUUCAUGUUUAGAAGGGUUACAGUUGGAGAAAGAUUGUCGGAGGACCGUGGACACAGAGCAAGUUGUAAAAAUCGGGGUAUCGUACGACAUGAGUACGCAGAAGAGGGAAAAGGGCCACAAUAGUUUGACAGGUUAGUCCUAUAAUAUACAUAAAGCUAUGAAAUAAUGGAGGCAUUUUUGCUUUGCUUGCAUGGCAUCCAUAUCAGUAACAAAUGUCUGUUUAUCCAUUUUAAAAUACAGUAUUUAACAAAUUCACAACGAUUUUUUCUUUUGCUAUAAUAACAAUAAUAACAAGAUAAUGAAAUAGCAGCUCUAGAAGUUAAAAUCAAUUAUUAUUUUUACCCUAGACGACAAAAUUUCCAUCCAACAGCAGUCCACUUAUGUCCAGAAAUGCAUGCAAUGGCGAAAAUGGCGAAACUGGCGAAAAAUCGCCAGCUGCUGGCGAUUUGAAUUGGAUGCCAAAAGUGGCCCCUUGGAGGCUGGCGAUUUUGGCGAAAAUGGCGAUUUUGGCGAAAUUGGCGAUUUUGGCAAAAAUCGCCAUGCAUGCAAUGGCGAAACUGGCGAAAAAUCACCAGCCUCUGGCCAUUUGAAUUGGAUGCCAAAAGUGGCCCCUUGGAGGCUGGCGAUUUUGGCGAAAAUGGCGAUUUUGGCGAAAUUGGCGAUUUUGGCAAAAAUCGCCAGAGGGCUGGCGAUAUGUGGCAAAAUAUUCAAAUUGGAUGCCAAAAGUGGCCCCUUCAAAGUAGAUAACUAAAGAGGUCCUUACAACUGUGAGGCAACGGUACUAAAAAAAAGUUCAAAUUACUUGCCUAAUAAGAGGCCCCAAUAACUGUGAGGCGACAUUUAUCAAAUACAACUGAAUCAAAUAUAUGACAAAACAGCUUUACCUAACUUUCAAACAACAUUAUUUUAUUAAAUACAAGUGAAUCAAAUAUAUCUGAAAACAACAAAUGGAAGUCGUUUCAGUUAAGCUAAUAUGUAUUUGUGCCAUGUACUUCACAGGUUAAGUAAACAUUUCCUUACUUUCGAUGUCGCUUGACUUACCAAAAGUGAUGUGAUGCGCUGAAAUAUCACACUAGCAUCAUUUGCUUUUGUAUGGUUCAUUCAUUUCAAAGACUUACAAGUCCACUAAUUACUCGAGGAGAGAACUACCAAGUCCUUGAAAUCAUAAUAAUUCCUUGCCAUGGACACUCUAACUUUUGAGGUUCGAUGUAGACCUUAACAAUCCUCACUGGUUACAAUUCUCUUCACAUUGGUUCCAUUAAAUUGUGAGGCAGCCUUAAAUCAAAAGCGAUUGCGAAACGCAUGGUUCCUGGCUAAAAGAUGCUUUCACGAUAACCAUUGUGCGCCCUUCAUUCUUUCUUGGUUCUCCACUAUACACAUUAUCUUCUUCCGUCGUUUUAAACUCUUCACUUUCUUCUCGCACUUACUUGUUUUGCUCUUUUGAGAAACGGUCCCCUAAAAGUAACGAAAGCCGAAAUGUCCAGCAGCUUGCAUGCGCCAUUUUGAAAUGUGCGAAUUCGCUUAUUUCCACUUUAUGUAAACCUGCACGAAAUGUCACUUGUGCCCCAUAUUUCACCGCAUUUAUUGAACAUAAACAUUGGAUCAAAGUAAUAACUUGUUUGUCUCUUUCAUAAAACAUAUCCCAUUCAAACUAAUUCUGUAUCUUUUCAUCAACCUAGAUAUAUAAAAAGAGAGUGUACAUGUUUGUCUCGUUCUUAAAAAAUGUGUCCCAUUAUUGCUUUAUGAGGUGGGGCCAGAAAUUUAGAAAAUGUAUUGUUUUUUUUGCGCUGAGACCACCAAACCAAUUCUCAGUACAAUAUGUUUUCCAUUAAAUUGCUAAUGCUAAUGCUCGUCGAAACACGUCAUCCGGCCUUUUUACCUUCUAUUUUAACAAUUGCCUGAGAGUCCCUGUGAACGACAUUAAUCGUUUUCCUUACAUAGAGUGACCACCAAAGUCGGCUGGGAAUGACACUAAUCGUUUCCACUUACAUAAAGUAGUUAUCCAAAAUCGACUAUUUCAACAUGGCCGCCGCGUCUAUAUAACAACUACUAAACCUUACACGUUCAUGUUCUGUGAAACUGCAAUGAACCAGCUCGUUUAUAUAUACUUGUACGAUUGAACGCCAUUAUAACAAACAGGAUGGAUAUACAAGGCAAUACGGACCAUCUAAUUAUCUGAAUGCGUAGCCAAGAAUCAACCUGGAUUCCUCAUAACAUAUAAUGUUGAACUGUCGUUAUUCAAACAAUGCCUACAAGCCUGGAAAAUUAAGGAUACCUAUCUUGGAGUUUUUGGUAAGAAAGUUGCCAUUAACAUUACGAAGAUUACCAUUUACUGAUAAUCGAAUACAACUCGUUGGCCAUUCGAUUUGAAUUGAGCAAGAAAUUAGUUAUAAGUGGUAAUUCCCGACCAAACACUCUUGUCUGGGACGAAUUUCAAAUCACAAGAGGUUAUCAAUUAAAGGUAAAAGCAUUAAAAACAGAUUAAUGACACUUAAGUUACAGUAGCGUUGUCAUUAUUAGUAUACAAUUAUACUAUUGGAAACAUUUUUAUAUUAAUAUGUGGUUAACUAUUUGGCAAUUAAUAGCCAUUUCAAAAGGGACCCUUUGCUAUGUCAUUUCAAUUUGUCUUGAUAAAUUAGUUAUUUCAUCGAGUAAUUGCCAUUUCUGCCAAAACACGUUUUAAGAACGAGGCCAACAUGCUAAUUUUUUUUUUUAUUUUAUUUUGUGGCUGAUGAAAAGAUACAAGAUUAGUGCACGCCAUUUUCGCCAAAAUCGUCACUUUCCAAAGGGCCCCUUUGGCAUCUCAUUUGCAUUUUUGUUUAUAAUUUGGCGAUUUCGGCGAUUAAACGCAUUUCCGCCAUUUUCGCCAAAUACGCCAUUUUCGCCAAUAUCGCCACUUUCCAAAGGGCCCCUUUGCCAUCGUGUUUGAAUUUUUGUUUACAGUUUGGCGUGUUUGGCGAUUAAUUGCCAUUUCUGGCAUUUUCGCCGAAAUCGCCACUUUCCAAAGGGCCCCUUUCCCAUCUCAUUUGAAUUUUGUUGACAGUUUGGCGAUUUUGGCGAUUAAGCGCCAUUUCUGCCAUUUUCGUCAAAUACGCCAAUUUCGCUAAUAUUGCCACUUUGCAAAGGGCCCCUUUGCCAUCUCAUUUGAAUUUUUGUUUAUAGUUUGGCGAUUUUGGCGAUUAAUUGCCAUUUCUUCCAUUUUCGCCAAAUACGCCAUUUUCGCCAAAAUCGCCACUUUCCAAAGGGCCCCUUUGCCAUCUCAUUUGAAUUUUUGUUUACAGUUUGGCGAUUUUGGCGAUUAAGCGCCAUUUCUGCCAUUUUCGCCAAAUACGCCAUUUUCGCCGAAAUCGCCACUUUCCAAAGGGCCCCUUUGCCAUCUCAUUUGAAUUUUUGUUUAUAGUUUGGCGAUUUUGGCGAUUAAUUGCCAUUUCUGCCAUUUUCGCCAAACGCCAUUUUCGCGAAAUCGCCACUUUCAAAGGGCCCCUUUGCCAUCUCAUUUGAAUUUUUGUUUACAGUUUGGCGAUUUUGGCGAUUAAUUGCCAUUUCUGCCAUUUUCGCCAAAUACGCCAUAAUCGCCACUUUCCAAAGGGGCUCUUUGCCAUCUCAUUUGAAUUUUUGUUUAUUAUAUAGUUUGGCGAUUUUGGCGAUUAAUUGCCAUUUCUGCCAUUUUCGCCAAAUACGCCAUUUUCGCCAAAAUCGCCACUUGGCAAAGGGCCCUUUUGCCAUCUCAUUUGAAUUUUUGUUUACAGUUUGGCGAUUUUGGCGAUUAAGCGCCAUUUCUGCCAUUUUCGCCAAAUACGCCAUUUUCGCCAAAAUCGCCACUUUCCAAAGGGCCCCUUUGCCAUCUCAUUUGAAUUUUUGUUUAUUAUAUAGUUUGGCGAUUUUGGCGAUUAAUUGCCAUUUCUGCCAUUUUCGCCAAAUACGCCAUUUUCGCCAAAAUCGCCACUUGGCAAAGGGCCCCUUUGCUAUCUCAUUUGAAUUUUUGUUUAUAGUUUGGCGAUUUUGGCGAUUAAUUGCCAUUUCUGCCAUUUUCGCCAAUGCGUGCAUUUCUGGACAUAUCUCCAGCAGUCAGGCAAUUUAACAUUUGAUUUCCUUUAACAAUAAUAUUAUUAUUAAAACUGAAUAUUGGAAGCAGGGUGCUUGUUCAAAUCAUCCUCAAAGACAGUGAAUGAGCUAAAUAAAAUACUAGCAUUAUUAAUCGACAACAAUGAGUCAUUCAUUUAAUUUAUAGAGGUAUUGACUUUUUGACUAAAGUAAAUAAAACAAGACUAUUUUUUUUUCCUAGGAGAAGGGUCUAUGAUUGGGCUAUCUUCAGGCAAGGUGGUGGGCUAG